AUACUUCCUGGUGCAUGCAUACGUUUAUUGUCACAUGAUAUUUUGUUUCACCAGUGGAAUGUAGACCAACCGAAAGCAGCAUUUUAUCAUAAACUGAUGUAACAUUAAAUGGAACUGUCAUCUCGAUGACAUGACAGCAGCUUGUCACCACCAUGUCUCUCAGGGGCGACCGUACCUCCGUGUUCACAUUCCAGUCUGCGGUACAUAGUUCCCACGUCCUGACGCGUCUCAACGACCAGAGACUGAGGGAUGUGUUGUGUGAUGUUACACUAGUGGCAGGUGGCAGGACGUUCAGGGCCCACUGCUCUGUACUGGCCUCCUGUAGUGACUACUUCCACAGCAGGAUCAUCAACCACACCAGCCCCAGCCUGGUGGUCACUCUGCCUGAUCAGGUAACAGCAGAGGGGUUUGAACCAUUGCUACAGUUCUGCUACACCUCCAAGCUGCUCUUCACCAAAGACAAUAUCGUGGCCAUCCACAGGUGUGCCGGGCUCCUGGGGUUCCACAACCUGGAGACUAGCUGCUUCGACUUCCUUCUGCCAAAGUUCCUGGAGGGUAGCAACAUUACAGCCCAGGAGGCAAGAAGAAGAAGAAGAGGAGGCUGCUGUCAGGGCAGGUCCCAGAUCAGGUCCUCCAACCAGGGAAGAUUGCCUAGUUGCCGGUCCUCCAACCAGAGGAGGUCCCCCAGUGUCGAUUCAGCCCACUGUACAGGCUGUCAGUCCCAAAGCAGGACCCCCAACCAGAGCAUGACCCCUAGCCAGGGCAUGUUGCCUGGUGGCAUGACCCCCAGCCAGAGCAGGACCCCCAGCCAAAGCAUGACCCCCAGCCAGAGCAUGACCCCCAGCCAGGGCAUGUUGCCUAGUGGCAUGACCCCCAGCCAGGGUAUGUUGCCAAGUGGCAGUUUAGCCCUAAAUACAGACACAAACAGAGAUGGAGAGCAACAGGUUAUACCUCAUCCCCAGAACACAGGCGCAGGCCAGACAACAGGAAGUGAUGUCAGGAACAUAGGAAGUGACUUCGGGGCACAGUGCUCAGCUGCCAACCCAAGUGGAACAAUGUCCCCACAGCCACACCAGAGGUUAACAGUGCCUUCGGACGGAAACGUACAAAUAGACUUCCAGUCGUCAUCCCGAUGUACAAAGACCCUGGCCUUGCUAGUCAACUCGGGCAGCAGUGGUCAGGAGCAGUUCUGUUUGCAGACCUGUGGCCCCAACAUGUCACCCUUAUCUCUCGGGGGACUGACGUCCUCCAGUGGUCUUGGUGUCUGUCCCAUCCUGGCCAUGCCGUGUCCUGGUGGUGUUGACCGUAAGCCAGACCCUGACACCGUUUUCAGUGAUAGAGACAUCCUAGGGAUGGAGGCAGCGGUGUGUCCCGUGACGAUGGGUGAGGAGAGUCUGAGAGAUUGCCCACUCUCCUGUGAGCUGCCGUCCCAUGACGAUGUGAGCCCAUCAGACCUUAUUGAGGCAGCGGUUGGAGAGAUGGAUGAUGACCAGCCUGUCGUUGGGAGUCUGAUGGCUGAUGAAGCUGGGUGUAACCCAGGUUCCUGUAGCACGUGCCCACCAAGAGGCUCAGGAGUGGUAGAGGAGGCUGAGCUACAGCAACCUGUAUUGGAUCUCCUGGCAAUACACAAAAGCCCUAACUCAGAAAAUAGUGAGGGGGAGAGCCAUGGUGGAUGCCUUAUGUUCCCAAGGCCACGACGAUUAGGUCAAGUUGGUCAGCUACCUGUGUUAAUGCAGAGAGAGGACCCUGGUCUGGAUGGCAGCGUGGCUGUUGGGGGUCAUCUCACUGACUCCGCCCUCACUGACCCCUCCCUCUCUGACCCCACCCUCUGUGGUCUUACCCCUGAUGGUAGGGGGUACGGACUUGGAGAGCGGAGCAGCGUGGAGAGGGAGGUGGCUGAACAUCUGGCCAAGGGUUUCUGGCCUGAUUUAUGCCCCUCACAGACUGAACCUCUCCCUAGUCUCCCUAAUCUGGACACCAUGGAGCACGGAGGUCUGGGUAGAGUUCCUGAUCUGGACACCAUGGAGCACGGAGGUCUGGGGAGAGUUCCUGAUCUGGACACCAUGGAGCACGGAGGUCUGGGGAGAGUUCCUAAUCUGAACACCAUGGAGCACGGAGGUCUGGGUAGAGUUCCUAAUUUGAACACCAUGGAGCACGGAGGUCUGGGUAGAGUUCCUAAUCUGGACACUAUGGACCACAGUGGUCUUGGAAAGGCUGCAGACUUCCCCUGGCAGCUAGACCUGAACUCAAAUCCAGCAGACUGUCCCUUCCUUAGAGACCUGGGGACAGGAGGGGCAGGGGGCAUGGAGGGGAUGGAAGAGGUGGGGGAGAUGGGUAAGGUAGGACACACAGGUGGGAUGGGUGGGGUGGAAGAGACAGGGGAGGCCCAGACCCCCGGUGGGAACCACAGCCUGUCCCAGUCUGAGAUGAGUCCCUACAUGUCAUCUGUUAACUCAGGAGAGGACUCAGACGGAGACCUGGACACAGACGGAGACACGGAGAGAGAGGUCAACAACAGGAGAGCACGAGAGGUUUGUCUGCCAUUCCCGGUGGUUCAGAUCUCGUCAGUCAGUCGUAGUGCCUUCCAGCAGCUCCUCAGAUGCCAACAGCUGACCCACGAACAGCUGGAAUUCGUCCACGACGUCCGUCGGCGCAGCAAGAACCGCGUGGCUGCCCAGCGCUGUCGCAAGAGGAAGCUAGAAGGCAUCGGUAAACUACAGACUGAGAUCGACACACUGAGAGGAGAGAAGAAGAGGUUGCUGGAGGAGCAGGGCCACCUGCAGAGGAACAUGGAGGAGACGUUACAGAGUCUGACAGGGCUGUGUCAGAGCGUCUGCGACGAGGCAGGGUUCUGUCAUGAUCAGGACCAGCUACAGCUCCUAGCCAAGCUCCAGUCUCCUGACGUCCCUGUCUCAGCCCUCCUCAACACUCUGGCCUCCCCCGGCCUCCCCCUCUCCUCCCCUGGCCUCCCCCUGGAACUGAUGCCAGUUAGCUUAGAGCCCCAACCCCUGCCUAUACCACAACCACGAGCACAGCCCUAGACACAAUCACAGCCCCAACCCCUGCCUAUACCACAACCAUGAGCACAGCCCUAGACACAAUCACAGCCCCAACCCCUGCCUAUACCACAACCACGAGCACAGCCCUAGACACAAUCACAGCCCCAACCCCUGCCUAUACCACAACCAUGAGCACAGCCCUAGACACAAUCACAGCCCCAACCCCUGCCUAUACCACCAGCACAGCCCUAGACACAAUCACAGCCCCAACCCCUGCCUAUACCACAACCACCUGCACAGCCCUAGACCCAAUCACAGCCCCAACCCCUGCCUAUACCACAACCACCAGCACAGCCCUAGACACAAUCACAGCCCCAACCCCUGCCUAUACCACCAGCACAGCCCUAGACACAAUCACAGCCCCAACCCCUGCCUAUACCACCAGCACAGCCCUAGACACAAUCACAGCCCCAACCCCUGCCUAUACCACCAGCACAGCCCUAGACACAAUCACAGCCCCAACCCCUGCCUAUACCAUGAGCACAGCCCUAGACACAAUCACAGCCCCAACCCCUGCCUAUACCACAACCACCAGCACAGCCCUAGACACAAUCACAGCCCCAACCCCUGCCUAUACCACAACCACCUGCACAGCCCUAGACCCAAUCACAGCCCCAACCCCUGCCUAUACCACAACCACCUGCACAGCCCUAGACACAAUCACAGCCCCAACCCCUGCCUAUACCACGAGCACAGCCCUAGACCCAAUCACAGACCCACCACUGCCCCAACCUGCCCUAGAGAACUGCCCCAAGGCUGUCCCAACCUGCCCCAGAGAACUGUCCCAACCUGCCCCAGAGAACUGCCCCAUCCUGCCCCAGAGAACUGCCCCAUCCUGCCCCAGAGAACUGCCCCAUCCUGCCCCAGAGAACUGCCCCAUCCUGCCCCAGAGAACUGCCCCAUCCUGCCUCAGAGAACUGCCCCAUCCUGCCUCAGAGAACUGCCCCAUCCUGCCCCAGAUAACUGCCCCAGAUAACUGCCCCAGAGAACUGCCCCAUCCUGCCCCAGAGAACUGCCCCAUCCUGCCUCAGAGAACUGCCCCAUCCUGCCUCAGAGAACUGCCCCAUCCUGCCCCAGAGAACUGCCUAGCGCUACAUAGCAACAUAUAAAUCCAGAGCCAUACACUGUAUAGACUAUAGAUAAUCUAGAUCUGUUAUUGGAUAUAACUCUAUACUGUAUAGAUAAUAUAGAUCUGUUAUUGGAUAUAACUAUAUACUGUAUAGAUAAUAUAGAUCUGUUAUUGGAUAGAACUCUAUACUGUAUAGAUAAUCUAGAUCUGUUAUUGGAUAGAACUCUAUACUGUAUAGAUAAUCUAGAUCUGUUAUUGGAUAGAACUCUAUACUGUAUAGAUAAUAUAGAUCUGUUAUUGGAUAGAACUCUAUACUGUAUAGAUAAUCUAGAUCUGUUAUUGGAUAGAACUCUAUACUGUAUAGAUAAUCUAGAUCUGUUAUUGGAUAGAACUCUAUACUGUAUAGAUAAUCUAGAUCUGUUAUUGGAUAGAACUCUAUACUGUAUAGAUAAUAUAGAUCUGUUAUUGGAUAUAACUCUAUACUGUAUAGAUAAUCUAGAUCUGUUAUUGGAUAUAACUCUAUACUGUAUAGAUAAUCUAGAUCUGUUAUUGGAUAUAACUCUAUACUGUAUGGCUCAGAUUAACUCUCACUGUUAUUCACUGUCUCAGUCUACGUCCCAAAUGGCACCCUAUUCAGUGCCCUACUUUUCACCAAGACCCAUAGGGCUCUGGUCAAAAGGUAGUGCACUAGUUAAGGAAAAGUCUAUUCAGUUUGAAAAUUGAAGUAGAGCAGAAUGCCAUGGGUUUUUUUUUGGGGGGGGGGGGCACUUUUGAAGGACUUAGUGUAUGAACCUAUAGACUUUAGCUCAGUGGGAUUACAACACAGUGACAGCAGGACACCUGGAUUCUAACCCCGGUUCGUCGACGGGGUCACAAACACCUUUUUAAAAGGGUUGACUGUACCCUCUUCCCCAUGAUAUUUAUUGUAACAGGAUGUAGGAUGUGGACCUCUUCCCCAUGAUAUUUAUUGUAACAGGAUGUAGGAUGUGGACCUCUUCCCCAUGAUAUUUAUUGUAACAGGAUGUAGGAUGUGGAUCUCUUCCCCAUGAUAUUUAUUGUAACAGGAUGUAGGAUGUGGACCCUCUUCCCCAUGAUAUUUAUUGUAACAGGAUGUAGGAUGUGGACCUCUUCCCCAUGAUAUUUAUUGUAACAGGAUGUAAGAUGUGGACCUCUUCCCCAUGAUAUUUAUUGUAACAGGAUGUAAGAUGUGGACCUCUUCCCCAUGAUAUUUAUUGUAACAGGAUGUAGGAUGUGGACCUCUUCCUGACUACAUUUCCAUGUGCUUUUUAGCUGCCUUAACUGUACAGCAUAAUAUCCAUGUAAUUUAAAUGCAGUAUUUCUUACUUAACAUAAUAGCCAUUCAAUUUAAAUACAGUAUUUGUCAUUAGCAUAAUAGCCAUUCAAUUUAAAUACAGAAUUUGUCAUUAGCAUAAUAGCCAUUCAAUUUAAAUACAAUAUUUCUUCACUUAACAUAAAAGCAAUUCACUUUAAAUACAGUAUUUGUCAUUAAAUGUGAGAUUCUCUGAAGGUGCACAAUGCCAAGCACAAAGCCAAGAGACUUUGACCAUCAUCUCUCUUGCAUGAAUUAAUUAAUUGAAUUCAUGAAUCUCAGGAAACCACUUAGCCCAAUCUUUCUGUCCAGCCGUUCGUUCGCCCGUCCAUCAGUCGUUUUAUUCGCCGAGCGAGCUAAUGAAGACCAUGAUAGGUUGUUUUUUGUUUGUCAUUUGGAUCAUUUUAACAAGUGAUCUACUUUUUUUUUUUAAGAGCAUUAAUUGAGACAUUUUAUGAUAUCGAUGACAUGACAUUCUGCCUUGUCAAAUACAUAUAACGGUUACAAUUUGACUGGUAUUAUAACAUGCAUUAUUAUAGGGUGGAAGGGAUCAAUGUGUACGUCCCAAAUUGACCACUGUUGCCUAUACGUAGGGCCCAUUGUAGUUUGCUACAGACAAUAGCGUGCCAUUUGGGAUUUAGCCACUGUAUUAUCUGCUUCAGUACUUCCUUCCUGAUCUAUUGCAAACACUUGCACAUUCUUCAACUUGAGUGUAUUGAUUGUUUGGCCCACAAUUGUUUAGUGUUUUGAAUUCAAAUGAGAUAUUUUGAUGGCACCUUCAUUUCAAUAGGCAACAUGUUUUAAUGUAGAUGGUAAAAGCCUUCUAAUUUCCACAUUAAAGGUUUGGUAAUGAA